AUGGCCCCACAGAGAGCUGUGCAGCUGUCCCUGAAGAAGCCCACCUACGCUGUGUGUGUGGUGGGAAUCGAAACGUACGUGGAUGUUCACAGUGAUGUGCCCAAGGGUGCUGAGACCUUCAGGGUCUCUGGGAGCUCCGGGGUGGAGGUCUUCACGGUCUACAACACAGCACAGGUGACAGAGCCCAUAGACAAGGCCCACUGGCCCCUGGAUGCUGGCGUGGACGUGAUCAUAUCUGUGGACGCAGCCAGUAAGGCUUUAAACGAUCUCAAGGUGAACGUCUCCUACUUCGGGCAGCAGAAGGACAGUGCCUUGGGCCACAGUGUGCUCUACCUCACUGGCGCCGACAUCUCCCUCGACGUCGACACGGGCCGCACGGGCAAGGUGAAGAGGAGCCAAGGCGACAAGAAAACCUGGUGCUGGGGCCCUGAGGGCUAUGGGGCUGUCCUGCUGGUAAACUGUGACCGGGAUAGUCUCAGGUCCAGGGGGAUGGACCUCGCCAACACCCAGCUGACAUCACUGGAUGACCUGCAGGACAUGGCCCCAAUGGUGCUGAGCUGCGAUGGCCCUGAUGAGCUCUUUGACAGCCACAAGCUGGUCUUGAACGUGCCGCUUUCUGAUUCCAGGAGAGUGGGGGUCUUCUGCGCUAGGGGUGGGAAUUCUCUCUCAGACUACAGGCAGGUGCUGGGGCCCUGGCAUCUGUCCUACGAAGUGGAGCGGCAUCCGGGGGAGCGGAAGAUCAGCUUCUACGUGGAGGGGCUCACCUUUCCCGACGCUCAUUUCUUGGGGCUGGUCUCUCUCAGCGUCAGCCUGGUGGACACCAAGACCCUGCCUGAGGUGCCGCACUUCACAGACACCGUGACCUUCCGCAUGGCCCCCUGGAUCAUGACCCCCAACACCCAAAGCCCCCUGGAGCUGUAUGUGUGCAGUGUCGUGGACUCCCAUGGCUCAAAUGAGAAGUUUCUGAAAGACAUGUCUGACCUGGCGUCGAAAGCCAACUGCAAGCUGAUCGUCUGCCCUUGGAUUGAGAAUCGGAAUGACCGCUGGAUCCAGGAUGAGAUGGAGUUUGGCUACAUCGAGGCUCCUCACAAAUCCUUCCCAGUGGUCUUUGACUCCCCCCGAAACAGACGCCUGAAGUAUUUCCCUUAUAAGAGUAUCCUGGGUCCCGACUUUGGAUAUGUAACCCGGGAAAUCCCGUUCGCUGGUGUCUCUGGCCUUGACUCCUUUGGCAACCUGGACGUCAGCCCGCCCGUCACAGUGGAGGGCAAGGAGUACCCCCUGGGCCGAAUCCUCAUUGGCAGCAGCUUUCCCAAGUCUGGUGGGCAGCAAAUGGCCAAGGUGGUGCGCGACUUCCUGAAGGCCCAGCAGGUGCAGGCGCCCGUGGAGCUCUACUCUGAUUGGCUCUACGUGGGCCACGUGGACGAGUUCCUGAGCUUUGUGCCCACCUCUGACCAGAAGGGCUUCCGGCUGCUCCUGGCCAGCCCCAGUGCUUGCCUCGAACUGUUCCAAGAGAAGAAGGAGGAGGGCUACGGGGAGGCGGCCCAGUUUGAUGGGUUAAAGUACCAGGCGAAGAGAAGCAUUAAUGAGAUGCUGGAAGACAGACGUCUCAGGAAUGACAACCUCCAUGUACAGGAAUGCAUCGACUGGAACCGGGAGGUGCUGAAGCGGGAGCUGGGCCUGACGGAGCAGGACAUUGUGGACAUCCCCCAGCUCUUCUUCCUGAAGGAUUCCUAUGCAGAAGCCUUCUUCCCCGACAUGGUGAACAUGGUGGUCUUAGGCAAGUACCUGGGCAUCCCCAAACCCUUUGGGCCCAUAAUCAACGGCAGCUGCUGUCUGGAGGAGAAGGUGCGGUCCCUUUUGGAGCCCCUGGGCCUCUACUGUAUCUUCAUCGAUGACUACUUGUCCUACCACAAGCUGCUUGGAGAGAUCCACUGCGGCACCAACGUGCGCCGGAAGCCCUUUCCCUUCAAGUGGUGGCACAUGGUGCCCUGA